UAAUUUUAUUGGAAUGUAAAUAAUAAUAAUAAUAUGCUUUAUUUGAAAACACUAUGUCACAUUCACAUGUGAAACAAGAGGUAAGCAUGUACAAAAUACAAUCACAUACAAUCAUAAAAAGAAAUAAAACAACUCUAAAAUGGAAUAUAUAAAUAAUUACUAUACUUUAUAAUACUUUAAUUAACUUUGAAACGAAUAAAGAUACAUUUUUAGUGCCUUUAUAUUACCCAAUGAUAGUAAUCCUUUCAUUUUUGCUGCGCUGGGAUAUUCAACAUAGUACUGAAGAAUGUGUUGAUUUCUGAUAUUUUUUACUAAGAUGGAAUUGCAUUCGAAUAAGCAAUGGUAUUCAUUACCAAUAGCAAUCGAACACAUAUUACAUACCCUCUCUUCUUUCGGAAUAUAGUAUCAUCUACCCAGCUCUACUGAAAAUUUCACAUUACAGCAUCUUAAUUUAGAAAUAUAUUCACGUUCAAUUGGUGAUAAUUGUACAAGAUACUUUUCUAGACCAAACUUUGUUUUAAACAGACCGUAAAAUUCACCUCUGGAAGAAUUGUCAAUUUGACUAGACCAUUUUUGAAUGUAUGCAUCUUUCGGAAUUUUCUUUCAGAACCGGCGUGUUUCAAUUGAUUUAUAUCUACUGGCAAUUGCUGAGUCCAAACAUAGCUAAGUCCAGAAUUGUCUAAAAUCGAUUUAAGAUAGUCAAUCCACUAGAACGUGUAAUCAUCUUUUAAGUUGAACAUUAUUUGAUACAUGAUAUUGCUUAGUUUGUUUUCAUUGGCGAGAAGUUUAUUCCAAAAAACAUUCUAACUUUUAUUAUGGUAUCUAUUGGUGUACGACCAAGUUCUCCAUAUAUCAUAAAAUUUGUUGUCGAGGAUCUAAUUUUUAACACAUUUCGGCAAACCUGUAGUUGAGUUUUUCCAGCAUGUAAUUGUUUCCGACUCCCCAUAUUUCACUCCCAUAUGUCAGAAUGGGAAGUAUAAGUGCAUCAAACAGUUGUAAUUGCAAGUCGAUAUGUAUUGAGAGGUUACGUAUCUUUUUUAUAAAGACUAAAUGAUGCUUUCUGUGCUUGUUCGCUUAGACGUUUUUGUUUUUUUUUUGCUGUAGCAAAUGAACCAUUGUAAUUAAAAGUUAGUCCUAGAUAAAUGAAAAAGGAUCUUGAAUUUCAAUAGACUGGUUAAAAAGUUGACACUUUGGUAAUUUUCGUGAUUUCCGUUUGCAGAACACAACCUUUGUCUUCGAAUACUAUUACCUGGUAAGUUAGCCUGAAAAAACUGAUUUGUACAAAGCGGCAUAUUUUAAUGUCAUCUUAACUAUCAUUUAUAUAUGCAUGUUAUAUUUGCUGAAUGAUUAUUAAUGUACCCAACCUGCUAAUUCAUUAAGGUUAUCAGGGUAAAUUAACAUUUGCCAUUAAACGUACAAAAGAUUGAUUACUGAUUAAUCGUAAAAUAUUUGAGAUACUAGGAGAAUUUUGCUAUUAAAACGGGCAGUACAUACCUACUUAUGAUAAAAGUAAAGCAGAAUACGUGUUCCCAUUUUGUGAGUGUUUGUACUGGAAGUGACGGACAUAAAUGAACAUUUUAUGAUGAUAACAGUCUUGAUUGAACCAUUUCUAACACCUUUUAAAAAAUUGCUAAAUGACGCGUUGAAAUUUCCCGUAAUUUAACGUCUAUUAUUAUGACGUCAAUGUGGAGUAAACGUUUCGAAGUGCAAGUAAACAGCAAUGUUCACUAUCUAUGAGUGAAAAAAGACAUGUUUAUGAAAGGUUCCAUACCAUGUGGAUGAUGAAUUUUAUAAUUGUGCUGUUGUUAGUGCUGGUUGGAUUGACAGAAAGGACACAUGCCGAAAAUACUGCAGUAGUUAAUGGACAAGUAAAAUCCAUAAAAAGAAACAGUUGUCAAUUGAACUGCAAGCUCCCGAAUUUUCUGCAAGUACUAUGUAAUCCAUUGAUACCUCACCUUCAUUGUAAGAAGUCGUCGGUUGAGAAAACAAUCAAAAAAUUAACUCAGGUUGAAAACACCAUCAAAUGUUAUUGCAUGUGGCAUGCAGUUCUCAGGGAUGGAAGAGUGGAUAAAAGUGUUUUUGCCCAGAUGGUUGACUACACGCCUUACAACAAAACAAAACAACUGAGGGUUAGGUUGUCAACACUGGGAAGAGAAUGUCAAGCUUUUAACGAUCAACUAUGUGUAGGAAGACUUAAAGACACUAGAGAAGGAUUAUUUUCCAAAAAUGAUGGUUUGCGAGCCCUCCUUGAAAAGGAACAAAAACAAUCAAAGAAAGAGAAGGAUAAUGGUAUAACACUCUCCGAUCAAGAAGAAAUUAUAAUGUGGUUUGGAGUUGCUGGUGGUGCCAUUGUCUUCAUUAUUUGCAUAUUUUUUGUAAUCAGGCUAAACAAAGAUUCAUCUGCAAAAACAACAAAGUAUGAUAAAGGCAGCCUUGAUGUAGAUGGAGGAUUGUCACGAGAUAAACGGGACACCUGUUGUGAUUCAUUUAUGGACAAGCUUAGACGUAACAGUAGAACAAGUCUAGCAGAAAAGGAAAAACUAUUACAACAGAGGGUAAUCAUCCAGAAAAAUCCAAUACCACAACCUCAUUCUUAUCCAUCAGAAAAAAAGAAGGAGAAAAGGAAGAGCGAUAGAAAGCAAAUAGCAGAAGACGGUACGAAUUCAAAGUCAACCCAGUGUGGUACGGUUGACUUUGAUGUGUCACUGACAUCGUUUAGUGUGUCAACAGAGGACGCACGAACGAAGACUUUGACAGGAAUGAAAAUGGCGGAAAGUGAAUCUGAUGGAGAGGAAGCUAGAAUGUUUCACAGCUCAUUGAUGUAUGGCAAUAAUGACACACCUGAUAAAACAAGGAACAGAGUAAAGUCAAGUUCUAGCUUAGUAUCAAAUUGAAUGCAAUGUUUAAUCAUUAAAGAUAAUUAUGGAUGACAAGAGCAAAUAUACGUUUUGAAUUUUAAAGCACCAUUCUAUUACAAAAUAUAUGACGAAUUUAAAUAAAAUGAAUUUUUAAAACAUCAA